AUAAUCACUGAAUAAAUAGUAUGUGUUAGGAUAGACUGUUCGCUUAUAUGUACAAGUAAAAAACGUAAUUUUUUCAGGUUUUACUUUAACUUGUAACUUAUCCAUGUUUACUGUCGAAAACAUAAGGAUAACAGUACUUCUUGUCUUUCAAUAUUUGUCUAAUUUCUUUGGUCUUGAAAUGAAUCCUAUCAUAAAUCACUGAGUUUUGUUUUCAUUUUAGAAGACUUCAAAGAUGUCAGAAGGAAACAAAAUGCUGCAUCCUGAAUUCGCUGUUCGUCCAGUAAUGUACACAGGUUUAGGUGAUGUAAUUGGUUCUACUGUAUGGUCAAGUGAACAAGCAUCAUCAUUGGCUGCAAUUCCAGGAUCUAAAGUGGCAGAUUCAACUAACUUUCCACAUCCGGUAGCUGAAUCUCUUGCAAAAUUUGGUAAAGCAGCUGAAAAAGCUAAUAGAAUGAGAGUUUUAGCUUCUGCUCAAGGUUUACAUGCACCAUUACGUUUAUCUAUGGAACAACGUAUAAUGCAACGUAUUCAACCUCGUCUACCUGGUUUAUAUUCUUAUCAUCCUUUGGCUAGUCAGCUAAAUGGAAGUUUAGAUGAGAUUGAUGUAGCUGACUUUAUUAAUCCUGCGGAAGAUUCUGAAUCUGUUGGAAUGCCCCAAUUAAUGAUAGAGCAUAAACUUGGUCUUUUGUAA